AUGCAUCCAAACCACAAUUAUCGGCACUCUCGACGGUCCGCUUGUGAUCGUUGUCGCGGACAAAAGUUGCGAUGCGAGCGCGAUCAUAUGAAUGGCAUGUCUUGUGAGCGAUGUCUUAAGGCCCAAGAGAUAUGUAUCACAAGUAUGAACCAACCUGCGCAAGUCAUUUUACCCUCAAACCAUGGACAGAAUCUAGUUGCCCGAGAUGACCGUGAGCACCAAAGGUUCAAUCCAAGACAUAAAUCAAUCUCUGUGCUUCAUAAAUCAUCUGGCUCCAGAGUGAAGAAGUUGGUGCACUCUCCCUCUCCAAUUCCAAGGAGACACAGUAUGAAAGAACACCAUUACUGGGGAGGAGUACAGCCAAUGCCCGUUUUUCCCACAGCGAGCUUUUGCUCACCCUCAGCGGACUUUGGGUUUAAUAUGCCCCUAGAGCUUGGAAACAUGAUGGUCCCUGUUGAGCAAUGGAGUGAUCCUCUUUCAAAGUGGUCGACAGAUGCUUAUAACCUACCUUCUGAUUGGAUGCCAUCUGAUCAACUAUAUCCUUGCGAAGCAAAUUCUUGUUUUCCUUCAGCUUUUACCAAUGAUGCCCUACCAGGCGCGAGGCAAGCCACUGAAAUGGCAAUUUCCGAUCCUUUUCAAAUUACGCGUCUCAAGUAUGGCGAGAAUGAAUCGCCAUUUGGCAUAAAGGAGCUUCCAGAUUCUGCGUGGGUAAAUCAGCCAGACCCCACAACUAUAACCAAGCCUCCCCCAACGACAACAAGCCAAGCAGUUCUCUCCUCUCUGAAAGACAUUCGCAAGAGUCUCUUGAGAUUGAAAAUAGGACUCCUUGAAGAUCUGGAGCUAUUCGAAAAUGGAUCGACACUCCUACAGUCGUCAUCCCUUUUCUAUGAAGAUUCUAAUCUGUCAAUUGAGACGCUCGACCUUCCAAUAUAUCGUCUAGUCGAGCACAGUUCUUGGCUUUUGGCAAUUAUUCGAUCUUCGUGUGGCAUGGCGGAAGAAAGCUUGGAUGCUACAUUUGCUACUCAACGAUUUGAACCUGAGAAUAGCAGAUAUGAAGACUCUUUGUUUAUCCUUCCGGAUGCUGGCGACAGUGGCGGGGAUGAAGGUGGCACCACCAUAUCCCCACAUGAUUCCGGUUAUCAUACCACGGUGACAUCUCCGGAUCGAACGACGAGUUCUACAAUCCCGAGAUGUGAUAUCGCCCUGUGGCUUGGAAUAUUGGAGGCGCAUUGCUCACUUGUUCGAAUAUAUCGUGCUAUUUUCAUGCGGUUGUACCAGCUGUUUCUCAUCAUCCCUCCAACUGAUGCAGCUACGAUUCUGCUUUUACCGAAGGUACGAUUUGGACAGUUUCAUUUGGAUGGAAACCUCAUUGUCCAAAUUCAAUUAUUGGUUGAUUUCAGCUCUACAAUGAUGAGUAAGCUUGACCAAGCCCUUAAAUUGCGGUCGAGCUCGGCGCAACACCAAGAGGAUCAAGACUUUGAUCCAUCCCAAACACUCCGCCAGAAGGGUUGGCCAACAUCAAUCCGCGACAUUGUCCUAGCACAAGAACAAGAUCCCUGUGAAAUGUCGUUGAUGGAAAUAAUGGACUGCUUGCGGCAACUUGUUAAAGACACAGUGGUUAUUUAA